AUGUCCCGCCAUUUCUCUUUUAAAGCUGUCGUGCUAGGAGCACCCUUGUGUACCAGCCCAGGUGGAGGACAUCCGCCACCAGCAAGGCAUGUCAAGAGCCGAUCUGGAUGUGAGCCAUGCAAGCGCCGGCGGGUGAAAUGCGAUGAGACUCGCCCGCGGUGUCGACGAUGCCAGAGCCGUAAUGAGACAUGCACAGGAAACUUCCUCUCCGACACCUGGCAGAUAGAGCGCCCUUGGCUCUUGGUGGCAGACCAAAAACCUCAGUCUGCGCCUUUCUCAUCUAAGACGUACGGCGAACUCACUGGAGUCUUGGAGAAUGAUCUUCUACGCCACUGGUUCGACCACGCCUGUCUGACGAUGGCCAUUCUUCCUCCUCCACUGAAUCCGCUUUCCUACGGGAUGGCCCCAUAUCUCCGCCGAUCCAAGGCCUUGCGACAUACAAUUCAGUGCGUCAGCCAUGCCCACCGACAGUUCUUUAGUGUUGCCCAACUGGCUGAGUUCCUCGAUGAGCGUGACCGCGCCUUGGUAUCCCUGCAAAACGAAAUUGACCGCGCCAUGCAGCGGAGCCCAUCUUCACAGGGGUCGCUUUUACGGACGAUUCUUUUGUCUUCGCUACUUCUCGGCAUCUCAUCCGCAUGGCUGGUUGAUGAUGAUUACGGUUAUCAGUAUCUCGUCGGCACCCGGAAGGUGGUUUCGCUGCUUCUAGAGCAGGACAACUCCACAGAUGAUUUCCUCCGCUACCUCCUGGGUCUCUACGUCUACUGGGAACUCUGUUCCUCAUACAUCGAACCUUGUGAUAUGAUCCUUUCAUCAACAGAGCUUGUCUCCAAAGUGGUGAGCGAGCAUCUGGUUAGUUACAUUCACCCCGUAACCGGUAUUGCUACCAGUAUCUGCCCAGUCCUGAUCGAUGUGGGCCGGUACUACCGCCGGGUAAUUGAGCUUUCUGUGGACGGCGUCAACCCAGCUUACGAAUACUUGCUGGAAUCCAAACUCCAGGAUUGGUCUGCAGAAAAAGCAUCGUUUUCAAUAUCCGUCUGCUCACAGACCAAAGCAGAGAGCUUGCUGGCGUCUCUCCAGCUACUGGCAGACUCACAGCGUGCAAUGGGGAUGAUAAUGCUCUACCAGGCAAGGUCGGUCGCACAGGGUAUACACCCCGCCGGCUUUCCACCCCUGCGAAAAGCCGUCGAGACUAUAAUGACAAUGCUUCGAUUGAUUCCCCCUGGUGAUCCGCUGCUCAACUCCGAGGCGCCCCUUCUCGUCAUUGCUGGCUCCGAGUUGCUGGAGACGGAUACAGAGUACCGAGAGCUAGUUGAACGCCAUGCCAUGGAAGUGACAAAGUUUACGCGCGUCAGGGCUUAUAUGAGUGGAUUACAGCUCGUGCGUGAUAUUUGGGGCCUUCGGAAGGCUGGGAUGAGAACUACUUGGCUAGAAUUGAUGCUCCAGAGAGGAAACACCUUGUCCUUAGUGUAG